UACAGCGCGUUGGCAUUUGUGUGUUUAUAUAUAUUUAUGUGUGUUGUUUUUUUUUCAUUUUUGUACACACAUUUUAUUUUUAUUGCCCCCCCCCAAAUAAGGCCAUAGAUAUUAUUCCUUUUUCCCUUUUGACAUUUUUAAGCCAAAUCGAGUCCUAUCCCUUCAUCCCCCAUUGGCCAAAUGAAGGACAGGACCAGUAGCCUUUUUUCAUUCCUCAGAGUAAGCUUCUCACCCCUAACUUACUAAAGAAAAUUUGAUGGUAUUGGACUGCAAAACCAGAAUGAACAAAUUCUUUUUUUUAUUUAAUAACCAUAGUAAACACAUUUUCUUUUAAAUACUUUUUAGAGAGCUUUAUCUAUUUUGUUUUUUUUAGUAUAGUACAUGUACCACAUUUGUUUCCACCCUGUAUCACUUUUAGUGCAAAUGUCCUUUGCUUUACCCCGACCUUUUAUCAGAGGUCAGCCCCCCCCCCUUUCAGGAAGAAAGGCUGGAGCUUUUAAAUGGAAAUAUUUGAUCUAUAUUAUUUUUUUAACCUCGGCCCAUUCAUGUUCAUAUAGAUUUUGGAGGAAAAAUGCUGGCUCGGUCUUUGAAGAAUAUAUGAACUGAUGAGAAGCUAGUUUAUCAUGCAGUGCAAAAGAUAAGAUGGUUUCUAACCUAACCACUACACUCCAAUAUAUAUAUUUAGUAAGUGUCAGAUGGCAAGCUUUUGGUCUUUGUUUGCUGUCGGUACAGUUGCUGUCAGUGUGGGUUUUUUUUUUUGUUUGUUUUUUUGUCCCAAGUGUUACACAUCCCUGGUCAUUUUAAGACUUUGGUCUUUUUUUAAGGUGGCUCCCUGGGUUGGGUCAAAUCUGGAGAUGUGGAGUUGUUUCAGUGGUUACAGGCCAUCUUAUUUCGUGCUAGAGGGGGGUAAAGGAGUGGGGAGGAGCAUCAGGGAGUCACAAGCUCCCCUGCUCUGUCGCUCCACCCCCCGCGCGCUUGCUAAGGAUUGGUGGAGUGUACGCGCUAAGAGCUGCCUACCUGACCCCGCAGCAAUGUCAGUGCUCAAGCACGCCCUCAACAGUGCUUUUCAUGCACAUAUGCCUUAGUUCUUCUUUUCAAUAUAGUGAUAAUGAAAAUGUUCCCCAGCUGGCUAUCUAUUCUGAUAUCCACUGCUGUUAAAUAGUGUGUUAAACUGUGUGGGUUUAAGGGAACUCAAUCUCAAGUGCCUUAAAAUGGUUCAAGUGUCGUCAGGCAGGCAGCUCACAAUCUGUACUCCACCUCCUGCGUCAGAUGCUGGGUUAGAAAGACAGGCACGCGCAGCAACAGCGAUGACUUCUUUAUUUCAGAGCUUUGGAGGCUUCUAGAUACCAAUAAUUACACCACAAACUUUUCUCCCUACCCCAUUGGCCAGGAUUCAAGAAAGCAGGCCAGGAUAAAGAAAUCAAAGAUUUGAAAAUAUUUCAUGAAAAUGCUAAAAGAAUGAAAGAAAAUGAUUAAUACUUCUUCCCUUUUCCUUCAAAUAUAUUCCCAAAGAAAUGGGAUCAGUUCAUUUUGGCAAGAUCAAGCCAGUAACUGCCCUCCUGUAGUUUGAUAUGAUAACUGAAUUGAUUGACGGCUGUAAAACUGAGCAGUACCUAAAUUUUACUGGUAAACUGAACACAUCAAAGCCUUUCUUCCCUCCCAGCUACCCUUAAAGCAUUUGUUUUGUUUUGUUUGAAAUGAAACAUUCAUUGCAUGAAUGACAACAAAGCAUAGUCUGUUUUUUGUUUAUUGUGAUUUUUUUUUGGAAGAACCUGUUUUAUUUCCAUAUUUAAAAAAAAAAAAUGUAUUGUUUGAAGACUUUUACUAACGAUCUUGUUUUCUGAUUUUGUCUCUUUUGGUUUUUCCACAACUGAUAUUGUUAUUUAGAAGGUUUCAGGUGGGUGACACUAUUCCUGCGUAGGUGCCUGGCGGAAAGGAACACUAGGGCAGCCUCAGUCCUCUCCUCUUCUUCCAGCCAGCUGCGGCCACCACUCUGACAAAGUCCAAAAAUAUGGCUUGUUACCUGAAAGCAAUUGAGACUCAGCCCAACUUUGCAGUGGCUUGGAGCAACCUGGGCUGUGUGUUCAAUGCCCAAGGAGAGAUAUGGCUGGCAAUACACCAUUUUGAAAAGGCAGUGACUCUGGACCCAAAUUUCCUUGAUGCAUACAUCAAUUUAGGAAAUGUUUUGAAGGAAGCUCGCAUCUUUGACAGAGCUGUGGCUGGAUACCUGAGAGCCCUGAGUCUGAGCCCCAACCAUGCAGUUGUACAUGGAAACCUGGCCUGUGUCUACUAUGAGCAAGGCCUCAUUGACCUGGCUAUUGACACCUACCGUCGUGCUAUUGAAUUGCAGCCCCACUUCCCAGAUGCUUACUGCAAUUUGGCAAAUGCCCUGAAGGAGAAAGGCAAUGUGUCUGAAGCAGAGGAGUGCUACAACACAGCCUUGCGUUUGUGUCCAACCCAUGCUGACUCUCUGAACAACUUAGCCAAUAUCAAGCGUGAGCAGGGCAACAUUGAGGAAGCAGUUCAGCUCUAUAGGAAAGCACUAGAGGUGUUCCCAGAGUUUGCAGCAGCUCACUCUAACCUUGCCAGUGUCCUGCAGCAGCAGGGAAAACUCCAAGAGGCCCUCAUGCACUACAAGGAGGCCAUCAGAAUCAGCCCCACAUUUGCUGAUGCUUACUCAAAUAUGGGCAAUACACUGAAGGAAAUGCAAGAUGUACAGGGAGCGCUGCAAUGCUACACCCGUGCCAUCCAGAUCAACCCUGCCUUUGCUGAUGCUCACAGCAAUUUGGCCUCUAUCCACAAGGAUUCUGGAAACAUCCCAGAGGCCAUUGCAUCUUACCGCACAGCCUUGAAACUCAAGCCGGACUUCCCUGAUGCUUACUGCAACUUGGCACAUUGUCUACAGAUUGUGUGCGACUGGACAGAUUACGAUGAGCGGAUGAAGAAGCUUGUGAGCAUCGUGGCCGACCAGCUGGACAAAAACCGCUUGCCUUCAGUGCACCCACACCACAGCAUGCUUUAUCCUCUCUCUCACGGCUUCCGCAAGGCCAUUGCUGAACGCCACGGAAACCUUUGUCUGGACAAGGUACACGCACUGAUCAAAAUCAAUGCACUGCACAAACCUGCAUUUGACCAUCCGAAGGAUCUGAAGGCCAGUGGUGGACGUCUGCGUGUUGGCUACGUCAGCUCAGAUUUUGGCAACCACCCUACUUCCCACCUGAUGCAGUCCAUUCCUGGAAUGCACAAUCCUGAGAAAUUUGAGGUGUUCUGCUAUGCGCUGAGCCCUGAUGACAGUACCAACUUCCGUGUAAAAGUGGUAGCAGAGGCUCAUCACUUCACAGACCUCUCUCAGAUUCCUUGCAAUGGCAAAGCAGCUGAUCGUAUUUAUCAGGACGGAAUCCACAUUCUGGUCAACAUGAAUGGAUACACCAAGGGAGCCCGAAACGAGCUGUUUGCCCUCCGCCCCGCCCCCAUUCAGACGAUGUGGCUGGGUUACCCUGGAACCAGUGGGGCUCCCUUCAUGGACUACAUCAUCUCUGACAAGGAGACAUCGCCUUUGGAAGUAGCUGAGCAGUAUUCUGAGAAACUGGCCUUCAUGCCCCAUACUUUCUUCAUUGGAGACCAUGCAAACAUGUUCCCUCACCUCAAGAAAAAGGCUGUGAUUGAUUUCAAAUCUAAUGGACACAUCUUUGACAACCGCAUUGUUCUUAAUGGUAUCGAUCUGAAGGCCUUCUUGGACAGUCUUCCAGAUGUGAAGGUGAUAAAGAUGAAGUGCGACAAUAACCAGGACGCAGCUGGGGACACAAAUGGAGCUCUGUCCAUGCCCGUAAUCCCCAUGAACACAGCAGCUGAAGCAAUCAUCAACAUGAUCAACCAAGGGCAAAUCCAAGUCACAAUCAAUAGCUUCACAGUCAGCAACGGCCUGGCCACUACACAGAUCUUUUCAGCAGAUGAGGUUGUAGUCUCUGGGACUGUGUCCUUGCAGAUCAACAACAAGGCUGCCACUGGGGAGGAGGUGCCACGCACAAUUGUUGUGACAACCCGCUCCCAGUAUGGUCUCCCAGAGGACUCUAUUGUCUACUGCAACUUCAACCAGCUCUACAAGAUUGACCCCCCGACUCUGCAGAUGUGGGCGAAUAUCCUGAAGCGCGUGCCCAACAGUGUGCUGUGGCUUCUUCGCUUCCCUGCUGUCGGCGAGCCCAACAUCCAGCAGUACGCUCAGAACAUGGGCCUGCCUGCCUCUCGCAUCAUCUUCUCUCCCGUGGCCCCCAAGGAGGAGCAUGUGAGAAGGGGCCAGCUGGCUGACGUAUGCCUCGACACUCCUCUGUGCAAUGGUCACACCACAGGCAUGGAUGUUCUCUGGGCUGGAACACCCAUGGUCACCAUGCCAGGUGAGACCCUUGCGUCCCGUGUGGCUGCCUCACAACUCCGCUGUUUGGGCUGCCCUGAGCUAAUAGCCCUGAGUCGUCAGGAUUAUGAAGACAUAGCAGUCAAACUUGGCUCUGACAUGGAAUACCUGAAAAUGGUCAGAGCACGUGUUUGGAAGCAGCGAAUCUGCAGCCCUCUUUUCAACACCAAGCAGUACACAAUUGACCUGGAGAGGCUCUAUCUGCAGAUGUGGGAGCACUAUAGCAAUGGCAAAAAGCCAGAACCCCUGGUCAAAAUCCACUCGGUAGAGACCAGUGAGACUGCCUGAACUUGAAGCACGUUGUUUUCUUUUACCUUGUACCCCCACCAUGUCCAGUCCACCCACAUCUGAUUUUUUAUUUUUUAAACAUUAUCAACACCCUUGCUUGGAAUGGUCAGUGUCCACUCCAGCCCUCCCCGUCAAUGACUGUCUCGCUCAUUUACUAUAAAUAGGACUCUUGCUUGUAAAAGAGCCUACAGAUGUACAAUUUUUUUCCCCAUCACACCUGUUGUUUCAUCACACAUCUGCAUUUCCUGAGCCAGAUGCAGUCUGAGACUUUCAGGCACCUCUUCUGAGACUCUUGUUCUAAAACACAAUAUAUUUGGUGAGCAUGAGAGGAUUGUGAAUGCCCUGCUUCCUCCUCAGUACUUGGAUCAGUGGAUUUUUUUUUUUCUCCUGUCAGUGUGCGUACAGGACUGACUGCAGCUUGUGGAGAGAAUACUCAGCCGUCAUUACUUGUUGAUCUAUUUAUAAAUGGAUUAAGAGUGUUGUGUGUUUUAAAAGGACAAUGUCGCACCAUGAAAAUUGUAACUGACUUGCGUUUCAUCAGCUUUGACAUGCAAUUGUUAAGCUUAGAUUACAACUGCUCUUUAGUUUGUCUUAAGCUGUUAUUAAAUAACUGCAAUGAAUAGAUGUUCAAGUUUUGAGGAAUAUGUUUAGAUGAAAACUUCCCCUCACCAAAUGCCAAUUUUAUUUUUGUUGUCAAUUGAGGAACAUGUUCAGUGGCUGUUGUCCUGUUUGAUGUCACACUUUUGCUUGUAAAAGAUGAUUGGACAAAGCUGGACAAAGGAGCUUCAAUUUAUUGGAAAAGGCCUACAAUUCAGUUUAGAUGUCAGAGCUGUUCACAAAUUGAUCUUGUUUUUUAAUCACUCAAACCCGGAACGGCAUAGGUAAGUAUUUUCUAAGCGGUUUUUGUUUUUGUAUUGUCCGUUAACUGUAUGCUGUCGAUGAUGCCGCAAGGUUCUGGAUAUAAUAAAAAAAUAAAGAGAUGGCAAAACUCUG